CAUAGAAAUACAAUGUAUUCAGUUGUCGGAUUAACUUUAUGCAAGUUGUUAAUUUCUAUAUCACUGAAACGUAGAAAAAUGAAGAGAUCAGUUACGUUUUUCGUUUUAGCGCUAAUUGCUACCGUAAUUGCAGGUGAUGAAAGCUUGGAAGAGAUUGCAAAAAAAUUGAAAACCAAUGUAACGAUAUUACAGGCAUGUCUGAAUGAAGAAGGAAUAAAAAAAGAGGAUAUAAGUACUUGGUUGCAAAGAUGGACUGAUUUGGAGAACGCCAAGGAGGAUGCAACCAAUGCAUAUCAAACUCAAAUGAAAUACAAUAGUUUUAUAGCUUGUUUAUUAGAAAAGCAAGGAUUGUUGGUAGAUUCGAAGUUGGUUGUAGACAAGUUAAUUGAAAAUAUAAAAGAAGAAAGUUCGAAAAGUAAUUUGCCACCGCCUUCAGAGGAAUAUUUAACGACUUUAACGGAAUGUUUAAAUUCAUUAAACGAAAACAGCCAAUUGACUCGAGAAGAUAGAGCCUUUGGUUUAAUAACGUGCGCAAUCACUUCGGCAGUUCAGUUGAACAAAGAAAAACAGUAAAACAAGAAGAUUGUAAAAUACAUCGGCUGAAUAGAAAAUCAUAAUAUUUCCUAUACAUAUAUAUAUUAUAUGCAGUGAUAAUAUAGUAAAUAUAAAAUUUCUAAGAUAUCGGGGUUUAAGCAAAGUAAAACGCCAUUUUUCUGUAGAUUCACAAUAAAUCUGUUACUUAUAUAAAUCAUUGUUGAUGUCAAA